CCUCAUUCUAUUACUCAUCAAAAGCUUAGUUACUGUGAAAACUUUAAAAUUCUUUCACUAAAGAAUUCAUCUCUUUAUAAUUGUUAAUUUUGAUAAUUAAUUCUUAAUAAUCUUGAUGGCCAAGAUAAAAUAGAAAAAUGUUUGACUUUUUCUUUAGUGAAAUAUCAGUAAACAGUAGUAAAAAAUGUGGAUAUUAAUAACAGUGCUUCUUACAUCGCAUUUAUAUUUCUCGUUUUGUUUAUUGCCAAGCACAAAAGAAGAAACUGAUUGUUGUGAUCAAGUUAGUAACCGAGAAUGUAUGGAAACUUGCCGCAGAGUCCUUCGUUCAACAAAAUCUGAAACAGAAAUUCUAGAUGCUUUAGAAAGUAAAUGCGGUCCUGUGAAACCUCAUUCGCCUAUGUGGAGCUGCCUGUUAAAAUUAGUACCUUCUAAACUAAACAAGUUACCAUUAGAUGGAGGUAAACUUUCCUGUUGUGCAAAAGCAAGCACUACUCAUUGUGAAAAUCUAUGCCGAAGGACUUACUACACCGACUGGCAAUUAUCUUGGACACAAUUUGAAAAUGAAUGUCUAUUAUCUAAGGAAGAAAAUGAAUUGAAAAUUUGCAUUGAAGAUGCAGAAAAUACUUGUAAAUACGGAUGCACAGGCCUUUCCUUUUGCUCACAUUUCAACAAUAAUAUUUAUACGCCCUUCAGAUCAUGUUCAGUUGAAGCAGAUGAAGCAGCCAAGCGUGAAUAUAACAGCUGGAUUAAUAAUGAAGCAGUCCAAAACUUUAAAGUAUUUCUUAAAACAUCACUAUUGUGUUCAAAAAAAAAAUUACAAAUCCUUGCGUGUAUUUUACAUUUGCGACCUUGCGAACUCAGUACACAUGAAACUAGUCUUUGUUACAGUGAUUGCUUAGAAAUUAUGACAACAUGUGUAGACUGGUCUACUGUAACAGAAUUCGAAUCAUCGGAAUCAUUAUGUUCCAAAUUUUUACCAGCGACAACAAAUUCUUGUAUUUCAAUGAAAUAUUUUAUGAAAGAUGUAGUUAAUUUUAACCAAACAAUGUUUCCUUCUACAGAGAUUUAUCAACCGUGCAAAAACAAUACCUGUGCGAGUAAUCAAUUAUGUCUGUCCGCUUGGAACAUUUCAACAUUCAGUUGUCAACCUGCUUGCAAUCUAGGCGAAAUGUCUAAGCAACUUGUCGCCGUUGGAUCAUGGAUUCAGAUUCCUCGAUUUGAAAGACAGGGUUGUUAUAAAAUAUGCCAAUGUACUUUAAACGGAGUUGAAAAAUGUAAAAUUUUAAACUGCUUUUCAUUUAAAUCCUGUUGGGUGCAAGAUCGCUUUAUUUCGCACAAUACUGAAUUUUUCUUGGAGUGUAAUAGAUGUCGUUGUUUUAUGGGUGAAUUGACAUGCUUUCGAAAUAAUUGUGGAGAAAAUCGUUCACCAACAUUACCUUGUGAUUGUCCUACUCAUUAUGUCCCUACUUGUAGUAGGCUGGGAAUCACAUAUGCAUCAUCAUGUUUAGCCAAGUGUGCUGGAUUUAUAGGUGACGAGAUAGAAUUUGGCAGCUGUUCAUCUAAAAACCAUUGCAUAUCAAAUCCUUGCAAUGACAAUGAGAUAUGCAUUGCGAAAAGUAGAGUAUGCUUAUCUUCGAUAUAUAAGCCUUGUCGCCAAUACGAAUGUAUUUCAUCCAACUGCACUGCAACUGCAAGUAAUGAAACCUGGGAGCCUGUUUGUGACAAAAACAACAACGAACACAAGUCACUUUGCAGUAUGAUAAAAGCUGGAAAAACAUUAGGAUAUAGAGGGCCUUGUUUAAAAAAUUGUAAACUUUAUGAAUCUGUUUGUGGAGUCAACGGUGAAACUUAUCCAAACGAAUGUGCAGCUGUAUCCGAUAAGACUGUCGUUGAUUAUUCUGGACCCUGUAUUACAGUGGGAUUAAUUAAUGACAAAGUUAAACCUCGAUGUACAGACGUAGUUUCAUGUCCUGAACUGGUUAACUCACAUUGUGUAGGAGUAACUCCUCCGGGUGCAUGCUGUCCAAUUUGUGGAGGAGCCGCUAGGAUUUAUUACUCAAGAAAACAGUUAGACAGAAUAUUAUAUAUGAUGGACAACGAAAAGGACAAGGAUGCAGUUACCUUACAAGCACUACUAAAUUCUUUGGAAAGGCACAUUUCAAUCCAAAUGUGCUCACUUCGAGGAAUGGUUACAAUAGAUGGAGAUAUUGUUAUUGUAAUUGUACCAGUUAGUAAAACUCCUUCAGCUGUUGAAUUACGAGCGUGUGUUUUAGAAACUGAAAGACUGGUGAUAUUAAUACAACAUAAGAGCCCUUCAAUUAUAAUUGAAGUACCCUUAAGUGCAAUUACUGGCGCCGAAGUUAUUCAUAGACAAGUGUCAAACGUUUCCUGCAUUAUAGAAUUCAACACAUUUAUACUUAUUUUAUUAGUUUUUCAAUUAAUAAAAGGAAUAAUUAAUUGAGCACAAAAUGUGCAUUGAAAUAAGGUUUCAUAUUUCAUUGAAAGGGUUACAUUCUGAUCAAAACGACCAGAAAACGUAUGUUUUUUAAUAUUUUUUUUCAUAAAAUAAAUAAUGUUUUUGAUUUCAACACUUUCAUAUCUUAAAGUACAUACUAUUGAAUGAGUAACUUUUAAAAUUUUUUAUAAAAAAUAUUAAAAAAUCGGGUUCGUACCAAGAGAUUCUUUUUUGAGGCACUUCCAAAAACGGACAUUUGCGGUGGGCACGAUCUGACUGCUUCAUCGAAAAUUAAAGAUAUUGUGAGCACCGCGGAAGUUCGAUUUUUGGAAGAGGCCUCAAAAAUUCUCUUGGCACGGGCCUGAUUGUUAAUAUUUUUAUCAAACAUUUUACAAGUUACUCAUUUAAUAGUGUACUCUAAGAUAUGAAAGUGUGUUCAAAUAAAAAACUAUAUUUAUUUUAUAAAAAAAAUUAUUAAAAAAACAUACGUUUUCUGGUCGUUCUUAUCAAAAUGUAACCCCUAAAGUACGUUUGCCAAAUAUUAGGAUAUUAAUUAAAGAUGAGACUUGAAGGAAGACAGGCAUAUAAGUUUUAAGUUUUGCCUGUAUUUUUUAAAAAAUAUACCAAAGUUUAAAAAAAUGUCAAAAAAAUUUCAUUUUUUUUCAAAUUUGUUAAUUGAUAAAAUCUUUUUGUAAUUUAUUAAAAUUUUCAGUUGUGUAUCAUUCAUCGUAGAAUAUUAUAAGCUUUCGAAUGGUAUAUUUGUUAAUUUUCUGACGAUUGUUUUUACAGAAAAAUUGUGAUUUAAAGAUUGGUAAGGGAGUGUGUACAGUUGCGAGACACCUCCAGUUGUGAGACAGUCGAUUUUUUUAACACGCAAUAUUAAAAAGCCGAUUGCGUUUAUAAAAAAACAUUUUUUUUUAUUUAUUUGAUAGUCAUAUUUUGGCGAAUAAAUAUUAUUA